AUGGCAGACUACUCCAACAUCCCCGACUUCGACUCGCUGCCUCCGGUGGAGGAUAUGCCGCAGGGCUGCGCGUGGGGAAUCUUCGACCAGGACGGCAAGAAGGACCGACUGGGGUGCCUGAACCUAUUGACGCCCAAGGUGGUGCAGGAAGCAUUCAAAGAGGCGCGGGACGGCGUCUCGAUCUCGCUGAACUGGCCCAUCGGUGCGCUCAACAAGCCGGCCUUCGGGCGCAAGGGGCUAGAACAUCGAGUCUUGUCGUUCCGGGACGCUGGCAUCUGGUCGUUCGACGACGAAGUCCACUUCAACACCCAGUGUUCAUCGCAGUGGGACAGCCUGGUCCACUAUGCCCACCAACCCACCGGGCUCAACUACAACGGCGUCGAGCCUUCCAUCGACCAACUGGUCCAGGGCUUCGGCCAGGUCGACGUCGACAAAGCCCUACCCACCCUCAACCACUGGCAUGACCGGGGCGGGAUGGUCGGCCGCGGCGUGCUGCUCGACUAUCGCGCCUACGCCGAGGCCAAGGGCAUCCAAUACGACUGUUUCGAGGCCCACGCCAUCAGCGUCCAGGACCUGGAGGAGGUGGCCAAACACCAGGGCACCACGUUCAAGUUCGGCGACAUCUUGAUCGUCCGCACCGGCUACACCGAAGUGUUGGGAGCCGCGUCGGCUGACGAACAAGACCGCCUGUUCGCCACCAACCGAAACGUCGGCGUCACGGGCAACAAAGAGACGGCCAGGUGGGUGUGGAACCAUCACUUCGCCGCCGUCGCCGGCGACUCCAUCACCUUUGAGGUCAUGCCUCCCACCGUCGAGGAGGAUAAUAACCGGGUAGGAACGGCUGCAGAUCUGGUACUUCAUCAAUAUUUCCUCUCCCUCUUCGGCCUGUCCAUCGGCGAACUGUGGGACCUCAAAGCUCUAGGUGACCACUGCAAGAAGGUCGGCCGCUACGAGUUCCUCCUGACCAGUGUCCCGCUCAACGUGCCCGGCGGUGUGGGCAGCCCGCCUAAUGCCUUGGCCAUUUUUUAG